CUGGUCUCUGCGGGUCUUUCGACGUUAAACCCUAAUCGUGCUCACUCGUCUCGCCAUGGCGCAAGCUGCUCUCCGCCUCCGCCGGGCCGUCGCCUUCUCGCCCUCCUUGAUGAGAGGUCCUCGCUCUUUCUCAUCAGUAUCUGCCUCUCGUUCUCUGUCGACGGUUCUCUACUCCUCCACCGCAUCUCCAGCCUCCUUCGCGAACUCGAGCCUCCGACCGGACUACCCCUUCGCGCAACGUCGCUUCUUUCGCUCGUCGAUGGCGCUUGGAAGCAGCCAUCCUGGCGGAGGAAUGGACAGCAAGAUCUCGCCGGACGAGAUUCUCUUUGAGGGAUGCGACUACAACCACUGGCUGAUCACCAUGGAUUUCCCAAAGGACCCCGCCCCAACUCGCGAAGAGAUGAUCGAGACAUACAUCCAGACGCUGGCCAAGGUUGUUGGAAGCGUGGAGGAAGCUAAGAAGAGAAUGUAUGCCUUAAGCACCACGACUUAUCAUGGUUUUCAGGCUGUAAUGACAGAAGAAAUGUCGGAGAAGUUUAGAGGUUUGCCCGGUGUUGUCUUCAUUUUGCCUGACUCAUAUAUUGAUCCUGUCAAUAAGGAAUAUGGAGGUGACAAGUAUGAAAAUGGUGUUAUUACUCCAAGGCCUCCUCCAAUUCAAUAUGGAACGCAAGGUAGAUUACGGAAUCAAAACAGAAGUGAACGACCAAAUUAUAACAGGCCACCGCCACAUGGAAAUCCGCCAAGUGGGCAACAGGGUUCAUUUCAAGGCGAUGGGUGGAACAGGGCCCCCCAGCAGAGUUAUAAUCCAUCUGGACAAUAUGGAAGGGGUUAUGAUACUCCUGGUACUGGAAAUUUUGCUCCGAGGAAUGACUUUGGACAAGGAGAACAUCAAAACUAUGCACGGUCAGCAGUAAGAGAAGGUAAUCAAGGAGGGUUUAGGGGUGCAACACCUCCAUAUCAGAGAAACUUUGGUGGAGGAGAUCGUGCAAAUUAUGCCCCUUCGGAGCAGAGGAACUCCAUACGUGGUCCUGGAGGACCCGGAGGGGAAAAUACACAUAGAAGCUCUUCUGAUUAUGGUUUUAAUCAAGAAUAUAGGCAGGGAGGAGUGCCUGGUAAUCAUUUGGAUUACAGACAAGGUGUGAAUCCUGGUUAUGGUGGAGAAAACAAGAGGGGAGCUGGUUUUGAUGGUGAUUACAAACAAGGAUCAGCUUCGGCCUAUGAGCAAGAUUAUCCUGCAUCUAAUCAGCAAGGUUCCUGGCAGGAGAGGCAGUAAAGAGGUGGAAGUUAUUCAGAUUGUUAAGCUAGGUUUCACAGUUCUAAGGUCCCUACCCUUCAUGACCUUUAUCUAAUGUGUAUUCUGUAUCGAAGAUCUGUAAUCCUAGAACACAACUACAAGACUUCUCCCCUUUCAUGUAAGUCGUAGACUUUUAUUUUUAGUCGUGGCUGUGUGCUUGCUUUUGCGACACUCAUAAAAGGACGAAUGAGGGUUUAGAGA